AGAGGGCUCGCUCGCUCGCUCCCUCGCGGUCACGAGAGCACUGGGCGAGUGACGUCACUUUCCUGAACCGGGCGCCAGCCGUUGAGUCCCGAGCGAGAGACAGGCAGGAGUCCGUGAACAACUUUUAAUGUAUGCGGGCCGAGUCGGGUGAGUGUGUUAGGGGCGCACUGUUUUCCUCUCCUUUAUGCAUCCCCCUGCUAGACUUCGCCCGGCUCGUUGUUUUCUCAGCGGUUCGGUAGCUAAUCUGUUUUUUUGGCACACAAAACGGUUGUGUGUCAGUUUCUUUUAUGUGUCCACUCCUCCUGCGACUCCCACCACAGAGCCGGCCUCAACUAAGUGAUUGAGUGAGUCACUGCAUGGACCGGACUGAACAUGAAGAGCCUUAAAGCCAAGUUUAGAAAAACUGAUGCCAAUGAGUGGAACAAAAAUGACGAGCGGCUACUUGCUGCGGUGGAGCAUGGUGAGGUGGAGAAGGUUGCAUCGCUUCUUGCCAAGAAAGGUGCCAGUGCUGUAAAGCUGGACAGUGAGGGCAAAUCAGCUCUUCAUGUGGCAGCUGCACGUGGUCAGACGGACUGCCUAUCUGCUAUCCUGGCCCAUGGAGCUGACUUGUCAAUCACUGAUGCUACAGGUUUCAAUCCGUUACAUCUGGCAACCAAAAACAAUCACAUCGAGUGUUGCAAGAAGCUCAUUCAGGGUAAAUGUCCCAUCGAUGUACCAGAUGCCUCAGGAAAGGCGGCUCUGCAUCACGCUGCUGCCAACGGGAACAUCCAGAUUGUCCAACUGCUGUGUGAACUUAAAAGUCCCAUCAACCUGAAGGAUGCAGACGGACUCACCCCUUUGCUGUUGUCAGCCAAACAUGCUCAUGCUGAUGCGUGCAACACAUUGCUGGACUGUGGUGCUGAAAUCAAUGUUUCUGACAACAGUGGCAGGACAGCCUUGAUGCUGGCCAGUGAGUCCAACGCCGUUUCUGUUGUUGAGGUCUUGGUUCAGCGAGGAGCGGAUCUGUCAGCUGUAGAUUCACAAGGCUAUGACGUCUUACACUACGCCAAGCUGUCGGGCAACUCUGAGGUCAGAACUGCCCUCGCAGCCGCCCUGAGCAGACAACAGGUCUCAGAUGCAAAGUCUCCUAGAAGUCCUCAGCAUGAUCAAGUAGCUAAGCUAAGCGAUGAACGGAUCACAACUCCAAAAAAACGAAAAGCACCUCCACCUCCUAUUAGCCCACUGCAGAGCUCUGGACCCUCCUCUCCUUCAGCCAUUACCUCCACUGGGACCCCGGCAUCCAGCAAAAGUGACACUCCCAAAAGAUUCAUUUACAAGGAGGAUGAGGUUAGAGGAAUAGCACUGAGAGAGGAGGUUGAGAAGCUCCAUGAGCAGAGAAACAUGUUGCUGGAGACAAUCGAAGACCUGAAGCAGACGGUGGAGCAGGCGGCGACUUUUCCCGAGCCGGAUACGAAGGUCGAGCACAGUAUAACAGCGUCUGCAGCUCUGGUUUCCACUUUGCAAGCCAAGAUUACUGCUCUCACUUUGGAGAACCAGCAACUUGCAGGCAAACUCAAGAAACAGCCGGAAGGAAACGAGGACCUGAAGGAGACCAGUCGUCCUAACAGCAUGGCCUCCAACUCCUCCUUCCACUCCACCCAGGACGAGUUCGAUUCAAUUCCACAAGUCCCUUCCAACGCUCAAGUGGAAAGGGAAGGCGGUUCAGGCGGUGCUUCGGUCAGACAGGAGGAAGAAGAGGAGAGCAGAGGAGGGAGCAAAGAGGAGAUCCGGCUGUUGAGACAGGCGCUAGAGAGCGUUCAGAUGAAACUGCUAGAAACCAGAAAGGAAAACCGCUCGCUUCAUGCCCAGCUGAAACCUGAGCGAGGAAGAGAAAGAGAGGAGUAUGAAAGCAUGAGGGAGAAAGGAAGAGAGGAAGAGCUGAUGGAGAGUCUAGCAGAGCUUCAAGCAAAGCUGACAGACACGCAGGAGAGAUACCACCAGGCUGUGGAGGAAGUGGAGGAGCUGAGAGUGCAGGUGGGGAGGGGAGAAUGUGAGCUAAUGGAGAAACAGGAGGCCCAGAGACGUACAUCAUCCAAACUCGAACAGGAAAUUAAACAGCUGAAGGCCCAGCUUGUCCAGUCGGAAUCUGAACAGGAGAAAGCGGCUCAACAAGCCAGACAGCUGGAGGAGGCGCUGAGGAGGAUAGAGGACGGAAGACGGAGUGUAAUGGAGAAAGAACAGAGGACUGCACAGAUUGAGGAGCUGUACAAGGAAGCACAGGAGGAGAUCAGGAUGCUCCAGGAGGCUCUGAGGGGCACGGUGCCUGUUGAAGCCGCAGCCAAAGACUUCGAAGAAAUGAAGGCAGAGCUAAACGAGGUAAUCGCUGGGCUGCAGCGGCGCUUGCUGGAACUCUCGCACUCCUACAGUGACACUAAGGGUCAGCUAAGUGCUGCACAGAAACAACUGGCUGAGGCCCGAGCUGAAAGCAGCGCAGCCUCAUCUCCCUCCUCAGAACAGCAGCAGGUCCAGGUGCUUAAUGGCAAGGUGGAGGAGCUGCAGGCGUUGCUAGGCGAGACGGAGAAGAAGCUCUUGGCCGCUCACAAGGAGAUUUCUUUGCUGAGGCAAGAGGCAGAAGCUCAGGCACAGAGCUCUGUGGCCCUCGCCGACCACACGCAGGUGAUGUCAUCUCUGGGAAAUGCCAUCAAAGAGUUGGAAAGCCAGUCAGAGGCCCUGAAAGAGCAGCUACACCAGAAAACCGUGCAGGUGGAGGCUCUUCAGAACAGGCUGACAGCAGAGAAGGAUGUCUCCCGUCAGGAGCAUGAGACCACCCGAGAGCAGCUGGAGGGUGAGGUGAACCACCUGACGCAGCUCCUCCAGGGGGCCCUCAGGAAGCAGGACGAGAUGGCUCUGGAGGCUGCUGAUGCAUGGCAGAAGGCGCGGGACAAUCGUGCAGAGCGAGAGGCCCUGCAGGAGCUGGUGAUGUCAAGGGAAAAGGAGAACCAGACACUGACCUCCAGGCUGGCUGAGUCCCAGGAUGCCGUGUGUCAGCUCAAACAGCUGGUGGAGAAUCACGUUGCCUCAGAGAGAGAGAAGAACAAGAGGAUAGAUGACUUGUCACGGGAGGUGGUGAAGCUGAAGGACGCCUUAAACAGCCUGUCACAGCUCUCUUAUACCUCUGGUUCUCCAUCCAAGAGAAUGCAGCAGAACCAGCAGCUGGAGACGAUGCAGCAGCAAAUCAAACAGCUACAGUACCAGCUAGCUGAAUCAAAGAAGCAGCACCAUGAGAUAGUGUCAGUCUACAGGAUGCACCUCCUCUAUGCUGUCCAGGGUCAGAUGGACGAGGAUGUGCAGAGAGCUUUGAAGCAGAUCCUGAUGAUGUGCAAGAUGCCAAGCCAAGCCAAGGAGACCUGCUGAGGCACACUGGACUUCGGUUUCCCAUAAAGCACGUUGUGAACCAAACUGAAGCGAAAUGCUGUUGUGCGCUACAUCCACCAACGCACGUCCUCCUGUCCGAAGUCACACGCUGCUUGUGCUGCAACACAUGGUGCCUCUGGAAAAACCUUGAGUAUUUGUUAAUGACAAAUAGGUUUAAAAUCAAAUAUUCAUUGCCUUGUCAAUGCCAACUUGACUGACUAAAAUCUAAAGCUCAUCAAUGUUACGAUGGAAGAUGUUUUUUCUCCAGCCCUGCAUAGAGAUACUGUACAUCAGCCAAAUCACCAUUCAAAUGGGUGAACCAGGUGGUUACUUACCGUGUACCAGCCAAACUUAUAAUCUCAGUAUGUGCACGUUAACACUACACCGUCACUGUGCAGUAAGCUUAAAUCACAUGCAGUGUGACAAUAUGAACAAAUGUGUGUGCGCGAUGAAAACAGAUUGAAGUGGUUUGUUUCUGUUAUGAUGUGUGCUUAGAGAAAUAAAAGCCUCAGUUAGCGCUGCUGUUAACAGUAUCUAUUUUAUGAUACAACAGUGUUUUUACUUGUUAAAUGUUUCAAAGUUGUCAGCAUUUUCCUUACACAAUCUAAAUUAUUCCUGCCCUCUUUAAUGCAUGUGACUUUGCUCAACGCCAGUCCAAGAAGCACAUAAAAUAUGUGUUUUGUUUGGUCGCACUUCUAUAAAGAAAAUGCAUGAUACUAUUUGCAUUGCUAUUUUCCUAUUAGCACAAAAAUUCUGAAAAUGUAUUUUACUGAAUUGUAUUAACAUGUCGUGUUUUCUGAAUUACUGUACUUUGAUGAAGAGUUUUGAUAGCUGUAUUUUUGAUGGCCUUUGUUUUUUGUCUGAGUGUUUUGUGUGAAUGAAAUGCUUUUUCCUUUAGUAUAAGAAAGCACUAUUUGGUCUAGUGACACCUGAAUUAGUUCAUCUACCUGUUAGUACAUAUUUUACAUAUAGGGGAUUGAGUGUAAUUAUUUACUGUAAUAAGAAGAAUAUUCAGCUGUAACAAAUGCUCAGCAGUAUAUGGUCAAUAUGUUUGUCUUUCCGACUCAGAGAAUAGUUAGGAAGUAAAAUAUUUAGUUCUUACAUUUCCUGUUGUCUGUUCUUACACUUUGGUCUUUUGUUCUUACUUGAAAGCAUGCAAAAAAGUGCUGGCGGAAAGCAAAUGGUUAAGAUUUGCUUAAAACUAGAGUUGUGUCUGUUUAUCAACUGAGUAUUACAGGCAGUUUCAGUAAUUGUCAUAGAUGCCAGUUUCAUCAGGCUUCCUUGUACUCUCUUAUUAAUUUAUUUCAGUGAGCAGGAAUGUUUUCUGUUUGUGAUACUCCCGUCUCUUUCAGCGUUUCUUUGUAGGUACGGAUAUACACUGUACGGUGUUUGAGAGAACAUUUCAAACGCAUUUCUCUGAACGUGUCUUCUAGAGACUUCUGAACUGUUUUGACAUCGCACUCCUUUGCCUUAGUACUGAACUUAGAGCCAUACACCUUUAGAUGACACCUUUCUUCUGAACAGUGUUUGAGAUUCUUGCGAAGCACUAACGCCGUUUAACUGUGGUCAGAUUCAGUGAAUUUGUAUCUGACUGACUGAAGCUUGUUUCUCACUCAGGAACUAUUUUUUUUAUUAUGAAAUAUGAUUUACGUCCGACUGGGAUUUGUUGGACCCUGAGUAGAGCUGAGGCUUUUGCUUUGUUUUACAGGUUGUAGAAUAUCAUAAGGAGCCUUUCUAUCUGUCUUUUUUUUUUUCCUCUGUAGGCCUUGACAGAAAGGUUUUGCAACAAGAAAGGGAAAAGAAAGAAACAACCUUGUUGUUAGUUCUUUCUUCAAUAACAGUUUUGUAGUAACAUUAAAAAAAAAUAAAUAAUGCUUGUUUGCCAACUGCUUUUUUGCCCACCUUAAUAAAUUUUCAAGAUACUGA